GGUGUCUGUGUUUGCUUCCAGAGAUAGAGAUGGUAAUCAUGGAGCGCAGCAAGCUCCCGGAGCUGGCGCCCAGCACCUCGGUGCAGGAGCAGAACACCACAGACGAAGAGAAGAGCGCCGCCACUGGCCUGGACAGCGUCCAGUGGAGCAGACCCUUCCUGGAUAUGGUGUACCACGCCCUGGACAGCCCAGAUGACGAUUACCAUGCACUCUUCGUGCUCUGCCUCCUGUACGCGAUGUCUCAUAACAAAGGCAUGGAUCCUGAGAAACUCGAACGGAUCCAGCUGCCGGUGCCCACUGCGGCUGAGAAGACGACCUACAACCACCUACUGGCUGAAAGACUCAUCAGGAUCAUGAACAACGCAGCCCAGCCAGAUGGCAAGAUCCGGUUGGCAACGCUGGAGCUGAGCUGCCUGCUCCUGAAGCAGCAAGUCGUGACCAGCACGGGCUGUAUCAUAAAGGACGUACACCUGGCCUGCCUGGAGGGAGCCCGAGAAGAAAGUGUCCACCUGGUGCGGCAUUUCUAUAAGGGAGAAGAAAUCUUUUUGGACAUGUUUGAAGAUGAGUACAGGAGCAUGACGAUGAAGCCCAUGAAUGUGGAAUAUCUCAUGAUGGACGCCUCCAUCCUGCUGCCCCCAACGGGCACGCCGCUGACGGGCAUUGACUUUGUGAAGCGGCUGCCGUGUGGUGACGUAGAGAAGACCCGGCGGGCCAUCCGGGUGUUCUUCAUGCUCCGUUCCCUGUCACUGCAACUGCGAGGGCAGCCUGAGACGCAGCUGCCACUGACGCGGGAAGAAGACCUGAUCAAAACGGAUGACGUCCUUGAUCUGAGUGAGUUGGUCACCCCAAGUCACGGCGGGGGGGGACACCACCAGGCUGGCUCACGCGUCACUCGGAGGGUCACGUGCGACCUGCAUGUUGUACUGGGAUUGAUUCGUGACCGUGAGCUAACAGAGUGUGCUUGUCACACGAAACUUUCAAAGAAAGGGCCCUAGAUUCUGGGCACUUGAAGUCAGUCUGUGGGCCCUGCUUUCUGGAGACCAGUGGGUGCUGUGCGGGGGUUUUGCUGAAAGAUCUGUGCACGGUGAUUGGGGUCUCAAGAGGGGGUGGGCACAGCUCCAGGAUCCCCAC